UGUACAAUAUCAAAAGGCAGGACAAAUACCAGCAGCAUGCAGUCACAGGCGCCACAUCAAAAGCCAUAGCCAUGGAUAGUGCCGGCAAUGUUGUUGCUGGCAGAGUGCCAGCCACGAGGAGACAAAAAAACUUGACAAAAAGCGCACACGGUCUCAAUAAGAAGUUGCUCAACAAAAUGGGUUUUAUCAAAGUCAAAGCGCCCAACAGCCACAACCGGAAACGUUUGGCGGUUGAGUCACGACGUCAUGCAACACGGGAUGAUUCACACAUGUUCAUCAUAAAAUUACCGCCAAAUCUGAACUACUACACGAGUCCCAGUGGCAAUGCCAGGAAUGCAGCAGCUGCUGUAGCAGCAGCAGGAGGAGCAUCGGAAGCGGGAGUGGUGGCUUCAGCCACAUCGAUUGCAACAACAAAGCAACCCAGCGAUAACGCACAAAAGGCAACGAUGGCAAAAGUUUCAGCAGCAACAACAACAACAGAGGCGUCGGUGUUGACGUUGGACGCGAUGAAAACUAACGGGAAAAAGGUAUCGUUUCCCUUUAGCUCGAACGGACGGCCUGGUCGUAUAUAUCACUGGAACCUGCCAGUACUGAAGCAUGCGCUGCACAAGAAGCCGCAUUUCUCGCAUGUCUCGGCCGCCGAUCGCAAUCGUUUGCUGGAUAUUAAGGACAUACCGACUUGGCGCAAGCCCUGGGAGAAUGAAACUGUGGAGAAAUCAUUUGCAGCGGGCAGUGGCAAAUCGAAGUACAGGAAGUCCCUGAAAUCCAAGUCGCCAACAUAUUAUGCGCCUGCCCAGGCGGUCAGCAAGCACAGCUUUCACAAAUAUUUUGCCGGCAACGGCAAACCGAAGGGCCUCUAUGUCAUCAAGGAGCACCAGACGAAGCCGCUGUUUUAUCAGAAUAUCAUAUCGUAA